CUCCUCCGGCAGAGCAGCGCCGCGGCUCGUGUUCCUCCGGUAAGAUGGUGAGCAGCGCGCGGCAGCAGUAGAGCAGUGUCGCUGGACCGUAAGAGAAGGCGCUCUCGGUGCUUAUCCCGCUCUCCUUCCACAACAUAUCCAUACACCGAGGGAAACUUCGCGUAUUUUUGGACACGGUUUGACCAGGGGCCUUGGUGUUGUCACUGCGACCACAGAGACGUAUCAUCAUGGGAAAACAGAACAGCAAACUCAGGCCUGAGAUGCUACAGGACCUGAGGGAGAACACAGAGUUUACUGACCAUGAGCUGCAGGAGUGGUACAAGGGGUUUCUGAAAGACUGUCCCAGUGGACACUUGAACGUCGAGGAGUUUAAGAAGAUCUAUGCCAACUUCUUCCCGUAUGGUGACGCCUCGAAGUUCGCAGAGCAUGUCUUCCGUACAUUUGACACCAACAACGACGGCACCAUCGAUUUCCGGGAGUUCAUCAUUGCUCUGAGCGUGACGUCACGGGGAAAACUGGAGCAGAAGCUGAAGUGGGCCUUCAGCAUGUACGAUCUGGAUGGCAACGGUUACAUCAGCCGCGAGGAAAUGCUAGAGAUCGUGCAGGCCAUUUAUAAGAUGGUGUCUUCUGUGAUGAAAAUGCCUGAGGAUGAAUCCACACCAGAGAAGAGGACAGAUAAGAUAUUCAGACAAAUGGACCUGAACAAUGAUGGCAAGCUGUCUUUGGAAGAGUUCAUAAAAGGUGCCAAAAGUGAUCCCUCCAUUGUGCGGCUACUGCAGUGUGACCCCAGCAGCGCUUCGCAGUUUUGAGUCGCUCCAGACAACCGGCACUAAAUGCAUGAAAGCUCUUAUAUCUCAUUCUCCUUUGUGUUCCAGACGGAAUAGUUUCAAGAAAAAAAAGUGCAACGAUUUUACUUUCAGUUUCUUUUUCCCAGAAAGGACAUGCAUACAUCUGAAUAACAAAGACAACACCUGCCAAGACAAGAUCUUCUGUCUGCUGCGUGUCAUCUGGCCUUGCCUCUGCAGAAGCUGGCGGAGUUUUCGACUCUAAAAAAAAAAAGCUGAUCCUGUUCCAGAGUCCAGAUUAUUUUGGAAAGGAAUGUUCCUUUUUAGGAAUCGUGCAGUGCAUGCGCUCCCGAGCCUCUUGUGUUUCAAAUCUGUGCUGUUUUGUUUCUCUUCUCCCUUUGUUUUGUGAGGGCACAGCUCCACUUUUUAUAUCGAUAUUUAUGUGUAUAUACAGUAUAAAUGCAUAUAGAACCAUGUUAGGACUACGAAGGAAGGCAGUUAUAGGCGUCUUUUUACUCGCGUGCAUCUUACGGCAGUAUUAUGUAGCUUCAGACAGUAUCCAAAUCUUAGCCUCCUGCUGACCCGCGAUGGACUGAUGGACUGAAUGUUGGGAUUUUUCCGCUCUGGCGCUCAUGAUCUUUAUUUUUUACAAAGAGAAGGCUGAGGACCCCAUUCUUGAAUUCUGUUCAUUUGGUUUGCUGUAAAUACAUGGUUUGCUUCCAUAUUUCUUUAUUUAUUUUGAUUUCUUUUUUAUGUUUAUGGUGUGUAUUUUCGUUAUUGUUGAACCGAGAUGUGAGAUAAUUCAAAGCUUUUAUUUUUAUUUUUGGCAUACAUUCCGCUGUGUUUUGAACGGAGGACACUGGUAGCACAUAUCAUUUGAAGCGCUUCAUCUGUGUGUCUGCGGUUAUGCGCGUUUGUUUGUAUACGCAAGAGUGAAGGUUUGCAUGUUCUGGCGUAUGUGUGCGUGUCUGUGCUACGUUUAUAGUAUCACUUUGUGUAGUUCUUUAUGAUAUCUUUGUAUGCAAGUACGUUUUUGAAACCCUCGAUUUGAAGCAGCAAACUCGUGACUUUAUCCUGCGGCAACUUUACCCUGCGUCUUAUGGUACUCAAAAUCAUCACUGUUAGGUUUCCAUUAAACAACAUAGACAGGAAUGUACAACACUAUAAUUUAUGAUCAUGUUUCACCUUUAGAUAAAGUCUAUGAAUACUGAAAGUGAUCACUAAGGGCUUACUUCCACUAUUGAAUGAACAGGUGUAAAGAGAACGGCACUGCUUAUGAGUUUUCUUUUUGUUUUAUGCAACGACUGACAUUCCAUGACCUGAAUUCUCCAGGUGCUCCUGCUUUAUACAAACACAUUAGCUCAUGAACUCCAUACAUGCCCACACUCCCAGUACGCGUGUAGCUCUCACUUUUGCUGGCAUCCGUGUUGCUUCCAUAUUUGUACCGAGACCAUAUUUGAUGCUGCACCCUCUAUGGCAACUUUUCCCUCUAUUAUGUUGCAUGAAAACCUCAUGCGAGGACAUAAUGAUUGUCCCCUUUUACUGACGUUGAUAAAAUAUACUUCUGUGUUUA